UAUUAUUAUUAUUACUAUUAUUAUUAUUAUUAUUAUUAUUAUUAUUAUUAUUAUUAUUAUUAUUAUUAUUAUUAUUAUUAUUAUUAUAUUACAGCUUUAAAAAUAACUUUUUACGAAAAUGCAAUGUGUAAUUUUACGCAUGUUAUUAUGCAAAAGAAAAAUAUUUACAACGGUGUACGGUAGAAUACCCAUGAUCUGUCAAGAAAAAAAAGGAAAAAAAAAAGAAAUGUUAUAUCCACACAAAAAUGACGUACCGACAGAUAGUCUUAAAAUGCAUGUUUUAUCUUUGUUGUAAGAAGAUAAAAAUGAAUGAAAGAAUAGGAAGUAGAAAAGAUGGAAAAUUCUUUCUUUGAAGAGCUACUAAGAAAUUCUAGAAGGAAAAACGGUAUGCGUUUAGUUAGAUAAGUUCUCAAUAUAAAAAAAAAAGUUUUCAAUAUACAAGAGUUAAAAGUUAAGCGUGUAUUUUGCACCAAGUGCUAAGACUGUAUUGUGUAAAUCGCAUGCCGACCUUUACUUCAAGAUAAGAAAGAAAAUGAAUUCAAAGUAUUCCUCGCCUGAUUUUUAUUUUGCGUUAUUAGAAUUUGAUUAUAAUUUUUAUUACUUUAUAUACGGCUCGCGACGCGCGCGUUCAUAUAUGAUAUAUCAUCACUAUAUACAUAGAUAUAUGCACGAAAUUGUAAAUAAAUAUAUCGAAAAAGUAUAUUUUACCAUCGUGUAAUAGUUCGUACUUACAUUUCUUUUCUUUACAACGUGGGACGUGGGUUGUGGAAGACACACAAGAAGGAAAAGCAAGAAAUAUAUAUAUAUAUAUAUAUAUAUAUAUAUAUAUAUAUAUAUAUAUAUAUAUAUAUAUAUCGACGUCUCGUCCUUACGUAAAAAAUUAAUUAAAUUCGUUUGAUCGCUUUCGCAGCGCGCCGUUAAAGAUAAUUUUGAUUUAAUUUAGAUAAGUUCACACAUACAUUCCUAAUUAAUAAUGUUUGUCCGAAAAUAGAGUAAUCGUUCUAUUUUUGCACGUAAGGUCAAAGGGAUGAAGGUACUACACUAUUAAAAAAAAAAAAAAAUUGAAUAAAUAUGCGUGUAGCAAUAUUAUAAAAGAAAAAAAGCAAAAGAAAAAGAAAGCAAAAAAAAAGAAUAAAAACUUGAACGUAAUUAUCUUGCAAAUGUUUUUUCUAUUUCUCGAAUAUCCUGUUACUGGUGAGAGAAAGAAUAUUCAAUAUUAUAAUGUUGAAAAAAUAUUUCAUAUAUGGUAUUCUUGAACAUUCGCUUUCUAUAUUAUUUAUCUAACAGCGUGAUAUAUCUUUUAUAUUUCGAGCCAUUAUGACUUAAUAUAAGGAAAAAUCCCGCAUUAUAACAAAUACUGACUAAAAUUCGAUCGUAAUCAUACCUGCAAUUCCUCGUACAUCUUUGUUAAAACAUAAGUUAAAACAUAACUAAGGUCAAUACUUUUGACUCUGCGUAAAUAAAUAUGGGUAUUUCCGAUAUGCUCGUUAGCUAUGUCACACUAUUUCAAAUGCAUCGUAAAACAUUUUUAGAUAAAUUAUUCUAUAUAAACAUUUUGAAAUUCACUGAUUAUAUUAUUUUACAUAUUUGCUUGAAUCGUGAAAACUGAAAAUAAAAAUAAAAAUUAUAAAUUAAUCACGGACAGAAAGAACGAUAUUAACACGUCGAAGAAUCGCAAUAAACUGACAAUGAGAAUUCCUUUUACUGUUGUUGUUGAUCUGCUAGGUCAUAAGAUGUUAUCGUUGAACAUUAUAAGUAAGAAAUUUGCGUUUAUAACAGCUAAAUGUACGAUUAAAUCAAACUUAAUGUUAUUUAACCUUUCUAACCGGAGAUGAUGAAUAACUCGUCAUUGGGCGCGCAAAACAAAUUAAAUCGUUACAAAACUAUAAAAAUUACACUAAGAUAUAUUAAACAUAAAAACGUCAUUUUCUUUCUUUUUUAUUGUCAUUGUGUUAUCAUGCAGUAUAAUUCGAAAGUGUAAACUAUAUAUUGGCUAAACAAAUUUACAAAAAAUUAGACAGGUGAAUAUUAGAAAUCCACCUGUAAAGUACCACUACAUGUACCUUGCUUUAAAUUAUAUCAUACUGUUAAAUGAAAUGAAUUAUCGUUUAAAUUGUUCGUUUAAUUAUCACAGAAUGUUUUUGAAUAUUUUAAUUAUUUGUUUAAUUAUCACUGUCCUUAAAUUUUUUAGUUUUAUAAUCGUACAAGUUGUAAUUUAUAUUUCACAUUUACUACGAAUAUGAUGAGAAUCUAUGUUAGUUUAUCAUGGCACGUCCAGAGUGCGCUUUCAAGAAACGACCAAUAAGGAGAAGCCGAUUACUAGAGAACACAAAUUGUUGCUAUACUAGACAUCCAACAAUCAAUACGUGGUUAUAUUUGGUAUUUUACAGUUAAUCUGUGUCUUAAUUCCCGCCAAAAUUUUGUUAAUGUGAAUUUUACUAGUGACAUGUAAAUUAAAUAAAACACUAAAGGCAAAGAGCCCUUAAAUGAUAUUUUAUCCGAAGUUUUACUAUAUUUAUUCCAAAUGGGAGAUGUAGCAAAUCUUAAUGAUUUAUUACCAAUUUAUUAUGCUAGAUUGUUUCCUUUCAAUGAUUAUUAUGACUGGCUCAGUUAUGGAAGUACAAAUAACUUCAGCAGAAGAGAAUUCUCUUUCACUCUUCAAGAUGAUAUUUAUCUUCGAUUCCAAUCAUUUAAAACUCUUAAAGACUUAGAAGCAGACAUCAAGAGACUUCUUCCAUUUAAAAUUGACAUUGGUGCUGUGUACAAUGUUCCGCCGAAAGAACAAAGAAAAAGAGCACGAUUUUUUCCCGUAGAAAGAGAACUUGUUUUUGAUAUUGAUAUGACAGAUUAUGAUGAAGUAAGAACAUGUUGCGAAGGUACAGAUAUUUGUAAUAAAUGUUGGAAGUUUAUGAUACUUGCAUGUAAAAUAUUAGACAACGCGUUAAGAGCUGAUUUUGGAUUCAAGCAUAUUCUCUGGGUAUUUUCUGGUAGAAGAGGUAUACAUUGUUGGGUUUGUGAUCCAGAAGCACGCUUUUUAGAAGAUGUUCAACGUGCUGGAGUUGCAGAGUAUUUACAAAUUAUCGGAGGAGGAGAAUACAUGAAAAAGAAAGUCAAUUUAUCCACUGAUACUUUACAUAAAUCUAUUAGACGUGCAUUAGAUAUAAUUGAAGCAGAAUUUAUACCUAUGUGCAUUGAAGAGCAAGAUAUAUUAGGAACAAAUGAAAGAAUGGAAAAGUUUCUAGCGAUAUUACCUGAUGAAGAAGACCAGCAAGAACUGAAGAAUUUAUUUGGCCAAUGUUCUUCCAGUACAACUCGAUGGAAAGCAUUCUGUGAAUUUGUCAAAGACAAAAGAACAAAGAGGGGAUCAAAAUGGUAUUUAUACCGUCAUCUUAGGGAAGAAGUGAUGUUGCAAUAUGCCUAUCCAAGGUUAGAUAUAAAUGUUACAAAAGGAAUGAAUCAUCUUUUAAAAUCUCCUUUCUGCAUACAUCCAAAAACGGGCAAAGUUUGCGUACCAUUUACGGUAAAGACCGUAGAAAAGUUUCAGCCAGAUAAGGUUCCAACAAUAAUGACAUUAAUUGACGAAAUUAAUGAGUUCGACGCAAAGGAGAAGACAGAAGAAAUAAAUAAUUUAGAUACAACAAAGAUAAAAGAUUAUAAAAAGACGAGUUUAAAGAAAUCACUUCACAUAUUUCACGAAUUUUUAUGGGGACUUAAAGAAGCGCGAAAGGGUUUAAAGGCUAAGGAAAAUGAUGAAAAAAUGGAAUUUUAAAAACUGCGGAGUUCUCUCAGAAUGUAAUAAUAAAUAUUUUACAAAUAAAAUAGAUUAUAUUACUUAUAUAUUGUAUUAAUUGAAAACUCUUAUUUUAACAUCUGAUCUAUAUAUUAGAUUCAGGAACACUUUUACAUGUAAAAACAUUAAGAAUCCAGACUAAUGAGAUCAAUAUCGUAGUUGCAGAAUCUAUUAAACGCAUUUGUAUAACAAGUUCCGCAUAAGAGUCUUUGUUAGAGAAGAAUCUUUAUUUGACAAGCAAAUAUAUUUGUCGUAUCGGAGUCACUCGAAGACGGUGGCGCAUUGACGAAGAAUAAAAAGAAUUUGCUAGUAAAGGAAACCGCUCGAUGGAUUUAUUGCUCAAGGUGCUUACCUUCAGAUAGAAUAGUCAAUAGCGUAGUCUACUUUGCUAACUAUUAUUGUUGAUUAAAAUAAACUUUUCUAUUGAAAAUAA